UUUUUCUCCAUAUCGGCCCUUCAAAACCCGUAUCGGUCGUUCUCCACAGAAAACGACAACGAGCGUUUCUUAUUGGACAUUUCCAGAUAGUCCCUCCCUGUUUCUGUCCAUUUUCGUCUGUUUCUUGCUUACAUAACACGGCGGCGGUACAUCCACAUGGUUGGUGUAAAUCAAAAUGUGGGUCUUGUUGUGUUGUAGGUAUGAACCCACCCCCUCCUGGUAUAAACACUGGUGGAAUGAACCCACCCCCUCCUGGUAUGUCCAUGAUGCAUACCCAGAGACAGAGAGUUCCCCCACCGCCAGGGGAGGACGCCAGAGAGGUGUGGCAGGGAGAGGAGGUGGGCAUUGGCCCUAAGAUCCCUCAGGCCCUGGAGAAGAUUCUCCAACUAAAGGAGAUCAGACAGGAGCAGCUAAGCACCGCUCCCACAGAAGAAGAAGAGGAGGAGGAGAGCCAGGAGAUGGAGAUGAACAACUCCUCCGCCCCCGUCUUGUCUGAGACGGAAGAGGAUGACAGUUCUCUCUCCAAGAAAGAU